AUGACGAGGAGUUUAAACCGACCUCUCCUCCUAAUAUUACUUCUAUACGGGCCGUUACUCACAAACUCUUGGUGGUUCUUUGACAAUGAAGACUCGCUAAGUAAAAAGGUAGAAGAACUAACACAAGAAGAAGUUACUGGCACACCAAUUGAAGAAUCGGAUGACUCAGACGACUAUUCAACGUCACGACGGUUAAAGUUUGGCAUUAAAGAGCAUCGCUUCAAUUCAUCGUUGGUUGUUGAUGAAGACAAUGAAGUGGAUGAUGAAGAAGGUAAUGUAGAACAUAAUGAUGAAGAAGUUCCGAAACUAGGCAAGGAAAAUGAAAUUGAUGAAGUUCCUUUAGAUCCGGUGCCGGAGAACAUUUAUACGACCACGGAGAAUGUGCCAGAGCUGCCUACGCCGUUACCGGAUAAUGGGGAAGGUAAAAUACGAGAGUUUUUUUUCUGUGAUUAUCAUAUCUAAAAAAUACAGAAAUAUUAUAGUAUUGUGGAAAAGGGUAGGCAAUAGAUAAGAUAUUAGAGUAAGAGUAAUAAUAGUGUAUAAAAAAGGUACGGUAAGGCUGGGCAAGAUAGGUUAAGGUAGAGCAGUGGAGGCAAAGAUGGGGUGUUGUCGAGUAGGACAAGGUAUGGUAGUAUAAGACAAAGUAGGUUAAAGUAGGCUAGAAGACAAUGUACGACAGGGUAAAGUAGAAUACGGUAAGAUAGGAUAGAAUACGGUGAAGUGGAGUAGCGUAAUAGAGGGUAUGUCGGUUAGAAAAGGGAAGGUUAUGGUAGGGCCGGGUAGGAUAGGGUAGGGUAGGGUAGGAUAGGGUAGUUAGGGUAGGGCAGGUUAUGUAUAAGCUUUUUGAAUUUUAAAAAAUUAGUGUUUCCAGAAUCUCCAGAAGAACCGGAAUCAACAACAGAAGCCCUAGUGAUUCCAGCAGACAUUUCUGACACAGAUUUGUCCGCUGACGAUAAACAACAUGCUACUGAGAGCGCAGAAGCUGAAGUCACUACUACAGUCAUACCUACAUCUACAGUAGAGGUCACUGAAGUUCCAGCACACCCUGAAGCUACAGAACCUACUACCGAAUCUUCAGUAGAGGCUACAGAACCAACUACAAAGUCUCAUUCUGACGUCACAGACUCAGAUGUUACAGUAGUCGACAUUGAAAGCCAUGAAGGUGAUUUGAUACCUAAAGAAGAUGCUACGACCGUUAAAACAGAAACUGAUUUUCAAAAUGAAGCAGAUGUUACUGAAAAACAGAUUGAAGAUUCCACAACAACCUUACCUGAAUUUAGAGCCACUCCAGAAGUCGAAGGAGAUCAAGAACAAAGUCAGGAAGGUCAAGAAGCAGAACAAUUUCAAGCUACAACAACUUCUUUAGAUCAAAUUGAAGAAACUGAAGCUACAGAAUCUCCAGAAGCCCCAGAAGUCACAGAAACAACCCAUGAUAAACGAACAACAGGCUCAGCUUUAGAAGAAGAUACAUCAACAGUAGAACCACAACAAACCACCUUAACAUUGGCUGAUCAGCCUUUGUUAGAGACCACAACGAUGGCUCCUAUUGUUCAACCAGCCAAUGAAGAAAGCGAACGUACCGAUGAAGUGGCAGAAAGCACAACAAUUUAUCCUGAAGCUACUAAAUCAGCUAGGGAUGAAAAUAAUAUUAAUGUAGGUAAUGAGGAAGAGAGAAAUGAAUAUACAACCAUUGAUCCUGUUGGAAGAGCUAAUGAAGGAGAAGGUAGGAUUAUAUUAUACUUUUUUGGUUUUUCGAAUUAUUUUUUAUCAAAGAUAAACAAUUUCAUUAUAAAGUUGUUGGGUCCCACAACGAAAAAUUUUAAUUGCCAAAAAUCUGUGGUAUUCUGUUUUUUUGUAAAUUUUAUUUUUCGAAAUUUAAAAAAAAUGAAAUUUUGAUCGUUUUACACCAGUUUCUUGAUGUUUUGAAGAUAAAAAUGAAAAGAAAGUAAUGUUUUGACAAGGUAAUGAUGUUUUUUAGCUUAUUUUUUCAAAAUUUUUAGUUUUUGGGGGAGGAUUUGUAAAAUUUUUGACUUUUUUUCAAAAUCUGUGAAAUUAUCGAGUUUAUGGAUAUUGUUGUAGGAAGGUAUGUCUAUAUAUUGCUUUUUGUUUGUUUUAAAUUAAGAAUCUUGCUUUUUUAUACCCUACCAUACGUUUAUAUGAAUGUAUUUUUGAUUUUUUAUUGUAAAAUACGAAGACUUCUUUUUAUUUUAUGUUUAUUUCUUGGUAGAGUAGAUAUUCAACUUCAUUUAUUUUGGCAUUUGCUUUUAUAGCUAAUGAAUUGUGUUUUAAAAUGGACUAAAAAUCUUGCUUUAGGCUUUGAAACAACGCCGGAAGACGUCGCUUUUAGUCCGCCAACGGCUGAUUCUAAUGACAUAUUGCAGAACAUUGAAAUUGAUACUCCCGACAGUAAGUUAUAUUGACAUUUGGAGUUUUAAAAUGAGGUUUUUUUUUGUAAAAUACGAAUUAUUGAAUUCUUUAUUUUUUAAAAAUUUUUGUUUUUAAAUUUUUGUAAAAUACGCCAUUGUAUCUUAUUCAGAAGAAAACCAAGUUGUCUAUAUAACAAACAUUGAUGACUUACCAACCAGCACUGUUCUGAGAGGAAGAAGGCCACCAGCUGAAGUCACUCCACCAACAAAUCAAGUUCAGGAACGGCAAGAAACAGAAGCGCCUCAAAGACCAUAUAAACGUAAGUAA